AGCAGCCUCUCCGUUAAACCUAGUUUUGAUAGUGAGGAGGAUGUGAACCCCUCAGGGCCUCACCCUUCCCCUCAAAAACCAAUAUAAAACCUCUCGACCCAUUCAAAAAAAAACCCAAACAAAAGGCCCCCUCAACUCAAAUAGGGUAAAAAAAAACCAGAAACAGCAGCAGCAGACCGUCAUCAAUGGCAAAAGAAGAAGAACCGGAACCGGAGCCAGAAGAGUACUUAUUCAAAAUAGUAAUCGUAGGCGACUCCGCCGUCGGCAAAUCCAACCUCCUCUCUAGGUACGCCCAAGACGAGUUCAAGCCCAACUCCAAGGCCACGAUAGGAGUCGAGUUUCAGACCCAGAGCAUGGUUAUCGACGGGAAGGACGUCAAGGCCCAGAUCUGGGACACCGCAGGCCAAGAGAGGUUUCGGGCCGUGACCUCGGCCUAUUACAGGGGCGCUGUUGGUGCUCUGCUUGUUUAUGAUAUCACAAGAAGUUCUAGUUUUGACAGUGUGGGGAGGUGGCUACAUGAGCUCAGUGCUCAUUCCGACACGAGCAUCACAAAAAUGCUUGUGGGCAACAAAUGCGACUUGGAGGACGACAGGGCUGUAUCUGUAGAACAAGGCAGGAGGCUCGCGGAGGCUGAAGGGUUGUUCUUCACGGAGACAUCGGCUUUGGGUUCGACGAACGUCAAGACCGCAUUCGAGACGGUGAUCAAGGAAAUAUACAGCGGCAUCAGGAAGAACAAGGUGUUAAAAUCCGAUUCCCAUGAUAAGGCUCAACUGUCCCUCAACAGGAUAAGCCUCACGAGCAACGGAAAUAACGAAUCAAAAGAGACGUUGAACAGGCCAUCCUGCUGCUAAAUUCAGACUUCAUCACUUACCCAUGUUCAUGCGAAGAAGAUGAAAAUGUAAGGUGGAUUGGUGAUUUCUCUCUCUAUCUGAAUAGGGAAGUUUUGUUGGGUUGGUUUUGUUGAGAGUUGGCCGCAAAGUAAGUAUAGUGUGCUAUGUGGAAUGGAAUCUUUUUCUUUUUUUUUUUUUAAUUUUCUUUUUUCCACCGUACACCAAAAAAGCUCGUAAUGUUGGUGGUCUCUGACUGAUUUGAUCCCAGCCUUUCCAAUUGAGAAAAAAAAUACUACUGGAGAAAUAUAUUGUGUUCAUUCC